AGAUAAACAGCAACAUAAAGAAGCAGCCUAAACACAUCAACUUAUGAACAUCAUCUCAUUAGAAGCAGCCUAAAAGCAUCAACUUAUGAACAUCAUCUCAUUAGAAGCAGCCUAAACACAUCAACUUAUGAACAUCAUCUCAUUAGAAGCAGCCUAAAAACAUCAACAAGUACCAGCCUAUUUGCAGUAGCCUAUAAGCAUUAACUUUAGAGCAUCAUGUCAUGAGAAAACAGUCAGAAGAUAAUAUAAUCAACUCCAUAACAGUUUUGUGAAAGGAAUUACACCACAACCAAAAUAGAAAGAAAGAAAUAAUGAGUUAUAAGUCGCAAGCAAUCCGAUAUUUCAUAGUAUUGGUGAUAGGAAUGUUAGCACUAAUACAAGGUUUCUAUGUACUUUAUGGAAGAGAGCUACCAAGUACAGUUCACAGUGCUAAAUCCGACAAUUCAAGAUGCUUCACUAGAACUAGUAUAUGUGAAUCUAUAGUAAACCAAAAACAGUGUCAGAGUGCUAACGAAUGUGGCUGGUGCAGAAACAAUGAUACUCAGUCAUGUAUAGAAGGCACCAAGGAUAGACCGCAAUAUCACCAGUGCUCCCUGUGGUGUUUUGGAUACAUGGAAAAGUGUCGCCCACAAAAGAAACUUAUUGUAUUUGGAAAUGGCCCGUCACUGAAGGGAUUUGACUUCUUCAAGACUAAAGGAGUGGAUACCUUUGGAAUGAACUUAGCCUUUAGAUAUUGGAAACAGAUUGAUUGGUGGCCGACAUAUUAUGCAUCGUUUGAUACUGUUGUUAACAUUGAACACAUCCCGGAGCUAAUGGAUAUGAUUGAAAACUCUGAAAAUCAUGGCACGAAACUCUUUUUUACUCGAUCAAAUAUUGCUAAGAAAGUACCUCAACUGAAAUCUCAUCCAAAAGUAAAAUUUUAUGAAAACAUCAAAGCAGCUGAUGACCAAAAUAUGGUAAAAGUGGCUCGUGAAUUCUCAACAGGAGCUAUGGCUGCUAGGGUUGGACAAUACUUGGGAUAUGAGAAGAUUCUUCUUCUUGGAAUAGACUUGAAUUAUGUUGAGCACAUCAAUGGUUCAACAAGUAAUAAAGGAGGGACACUUAUCAUGAAAGAAACCCCUAAAAAAAAUUCAAAUUAUUUCUUUUCAAAUUACCAAGUGAAAGGUGAUGUGUAUAAUGUUCCAAACAAUGAAGCUUGUCAUGUAACUGCAUUCAAGCAGAUUCUAGAGGACACCAAGAAACACCCAGAGUUCAAUGUAGAAUAUUUCAAUGGUAGUCCAGGGUCAAGACUAAAUGGAAUUGGAUACAAAUUCAUGAAAUUUGAAGACUUUAUGAAACUUUGAUAUUGCAUUGAAACCUGCAAGCUUCAAAUCAAUCAUAAUAUCAAUCCAUCCUAUGAAUAUACAAGCAAUUCCAAUGUAUAAUGAUUAUUUCUCAGUAUAAGAGACUGUAGAAAUGAACUAAUCAAUACCAAGUUUCUAUUAUUGUAUAUUUUACAACAAAUGUAACAAUUUUUUUAAACUUAUUUCCAUGAUAUUCAUGACACUGGAAGAAAACUUAAAUAGGGAAAAUUCAGAGUAGCAAAAACAUUUAAUGAAUUUGAAAAUGCCACUUUUUGGUAACUAUUUCAAAUUUUGCAUUAAAGAUCUCAUCAACAAUCAAAAAUAGCUCAACAUAGCCUAAGAUACAAAAGCAGGUGAGAGUCCAUCUGCUAAUACAUUGUUCCACAACUUAAAAUGUCAAUAUAACAAAAUGGAUGAACUUCCUGGAUACAAGUUUUUUGUUUUCUCGAUUUAAGCAUACUUUUA